ACGGAGGCGGAGGGAGGAGAGAGAGAGAGAGAGAGAGAGAGAGAGAGAGCGCCAGCUAGGCAAGGCAGGAGGGGGAAUAGGAAGCGCUGCUAACGCCGACGCCGCUGCCGCUCCCGGGUUGCCGGCUCAAGUUCUUCCUCUAGGUCCUCCAAGCGCGCCGGCCGCCUCCGGCCCUGCUCCUCUCUCCCCUUUCUCUCUCUCUCCCCGCUUACUCUUUCCCCCACCCCACCCUUUCCCCUCCCGUCCAUUCGCCCUUCUCCCCUUCGCCAUGUCCACCCGCUCCUGCCGGGAAAAGGCGCAGAAGCAGAACGAGCAGCACCAGGCCAUCCUGGCCAAGCUCUUGCGAGAGGAGGACAACAAGUACUGCGCGGACUGCGAAGCCAAAGGUCCACGAUGGGCUUCCUGGAAUACAGGUGUCUUUAUUUGCAUCAGAUGCGCUGGAAUACAUCGAAAUCUGGGAGUGCAUAUAUCCAGAGUCAAGUCUGUCAAUUUGGACCAAUGGACACCAGAACAAAUACAGUGCAUGCAGGAGAUGGGAAAUACCAAGGCAAGAUUACUUUAUGAAGCUAAUUUACCAGAGAACUUUCGAAGACCUCAAACAGAUCAAGCUGUGGAGUUUUUUAUCAGGGAUAAAUAUGAGAAGAAAAAAUACUAUGACAAAAAUGCAACUCAUGUCACCAGUAAGGAAAAAGAUAAGAAGAAAGAAGAGAGGAAAAGGGACAAAGAACCAGAAAAACCUUUGAAAAACUUAGGAAUCGAAAAACCUCAGAAGAAAGAUGAUCAGCAACUUGAGCUUAAAACAAGUCCCAAGAAAGUACCAGAAUCAACUGUUGAUCUCCUGGGGCUUGAUGGUCCUGCUGACGCCUCUGUUACAAAUGGAAGCACCAUCACUCCUGCCCCAGUUCUGAAUGACGAUGAUCUGGAUAUAUUUGGCCCAAUGAUCUCUAAUCCUUUGCCGGCCGCAUCUGUACCAUCGGCCCAGAAUGCUUCCACCAACCCAGCGGCUGCCACGUUAUCUGCUGCAUCUGGAGAUCUUGAUCUGUUUACUGAACAAACAAAAUCGGAAGAGUCGGCAAAGAAAUUGUUGUCCAAGGAUUCCAUCUUGUCCCUGUAUGGCGCGGGCACUCUUCCCCAGCAGAAUGUCCCAGGAGUCUUCAUGGGGGCCCAGCCGCUGCCCUUUGCUGCCCAGCCCCCGGCUCAUUUUCCAGCGUUUCCAGCCAUGGGAGGCCCUGUGCCCGUGCCUGUACCGGUGCCAACGGCCCCCGCAAUGAUGGGAAACCUGAUGGCGCCCCCAGUGCCUGUACUUGGACAGAAUGUAGGCAUGAUGGUGGGCAUAGGAAUGCCGAACGGCUUUUCGGUCACUACACAAACUGCUGGUUUGGGACUCCCUCAAAGCAUUGGCGGGUCCCAAGGAACAGUAUUGGGACAGAUACCCCAGCCCCAGAAAUACGGCAUGCAGCCCCAAGCACAGCAAACUCAGUGGAACGUUUCACAGAUGAAUCAGCAAAUGGCUGGAAUGACUCUGAAUAGUUCCAAUAAUAUGAUGGGCUUUGGCCAGCCACCCAACACAGUGGCAGGAUGGACUGGAACUUCCUCGGGCCAAACCCUCAGUACGCAACUCUGGAAGUGAAAAGGCAAUAGAAGUUUAAAUCAAAAACCUGACAUUCCAUGCCCAAAUACAUCUAGUCUCCCUGUUCCAUCCAUGUACACUACCCCUCCCUUCCUCCAAUUUCAAACCAUUCAUUUUAAAAGUAAUCUUAACUUGACCGUAUUGUGGUCUGUACUGACUUCAAUUCUGAUGUAGUAAAAAAAAGCAAGUUGAAUACAUUGGCAGCUUUUUUCAUUCCACGAUAUGUUUUGAUUUUGCAAAUCUUACACUCUCAGAAGAGCUACGUGACCAACCGCAUACUCAAAAUUAUUUUAUCUUGUAGAGCAAAUGUUUCCAUAUAAGGGAAAAUAGGUAUCAUGUUAGUGCUAUCUCUAAAAUGUAAACUCCACCUUUGCAAAUUACCCAGUAAUCCUGUAGAAGGUACUGUAUGAACCAAAUGUUUUAAUUAUAUAAAUAAGAAUGUACCUUGUAUCAUUGAAAUAUGCAUUUCCUUGUGUGAUAAUGAUUUUGUUUCAUCAUACAUUUCACUGUGAUGUUAUAAUGAUGUGAUGAACAGGGAAAAUGGCUCG